AUGUCCGCUGCUGCUGAAGGAGAAACAAGUGCUGACAGGAAUGUUGAAAUAUGGAAGAUCAAAAAGUUGAUCAAAAGUUUGGAGGCAGCUCGAGGCAAUGGCACUAGCAUGAUUUCUCUAAUUAUACCACCAAAAGAUCAAAUAUCAAGGGUAACUAAAAUGUUGGCUGAUGAAUUUGGAACAGCUUCUAAUAUAAAAAGCCGAGUGAACAGAUUAUCUGUUUUAGGCGCAAUCACAUCAGUACAACAGAGAUUGAAACUUUAUACUAAAGUUCCUCCAAAUGGUCUGGUUUCAUAUUGUGGUACCAUAGUAACGGAUGAAGGCAAAGAAAAAAAAGUUAACAUUGACUUUGAGCCAUUUCGACCAAUCAACACAUCUCUCUAUCUAUGCGACAACAAAUUUCACACAGAAGCACUGACUGCACUACUAGCCGAUGACAGUAAAUUUGGUUUCAUUGUGAUGGAUGGAAACUGUGCACUCUUCGGCACUUUGUCUGGCAACACAAGAGAAGUACUUCACAAAUUUUCUGUUGAUCUCCCUAAGAAGCAUGGCAGAGGUGGGCAGUCAGCUCUGAGAUUUGCUCGGUUGAGGAUGGAGAAGAGGCACAAUUAUGUGAGGAAGGUAGCUGAAGUGGCAGUUCAACUGUUCAUCGUAAAUGACAGACCAAACAUUGCUGGUCUCGUUAUGGCUGGAUCUGCUGACUUCAAAACUGAGCUUAGCCAGUCAGACAUGUUUGAUCAGAGAUUGCAGGCAAAGAUUAUCAAGAUUGUUGACGUCUCAUAUGGUGGAGAGAAUGGAUUCAACCAGGCAAUUGAACUUGCAGCCGAAGCACUUGGAAAUGUUAAAUUCAUUCAAGAGAAAAAGCUCAUAGGAAGAUAUUUUGAUGAAAUAUCUCAAGACUCUGGCAAGUAUUGUUUCGGUGUUGCAGACACGCUGAAGGCCUUGGAAAUGGGAGCUGUUGAAAUAUUGAUUGUCUGGGAAAACCUGGACAUUAUUCGUUAUGUUCUCAAGAACAAUGCCACGAAUGAAGAGAAAGUGCUACACUUGAAACCAGAGCAAGAAAAAGAUAAAACAUAUUUCACAGAUGCUGAGACGGGAGUUGAGUUGGAACUGGUUGACAGCGUCUCUCUGCUUGAAUGGUUUGCAAACAACUACAAAGGUUUUGGUGCUACGUUGGAAAUUAUCACAGACAAGUCUCAAGAAGGUGCACAAUUUGUUAAAGGAUUUGGAGGGAUCGGAGGUAUCCUAAGGUACCAAGUGGACUUCCAGGGACUUGAGGCUCUUGAUGAUUUAGGAGUUGAUUUUGAUUUAGAUGACUACUAA